AAACCUUAUUUAUCUUGUUCUCGACUUGAUAUCAAGUUAGGAAAUUUGCAAAUGGUCCAUUGAAAUUCUUGAAAGAUAUGAUUAGCAGCAAUUAAAAGCUAACAGAAGUGGUUGGAAAUCAAAUUCCAUCAAUACCUAUUCUGCAGAUCUAUCAACCAAAAUUGAAUGCCUCUAGAACCAAUAAUGCACAAGAAUUUUGACUGGCCGCUCAUUUCCUAGAAGUUCUCGUGGUGAAAAGGAGGGCAUAGAAAUAGAACUCGAGAAUGGACAAACAGAGGAAGGCGACACGAUUCGCCGCGCCGCGCAUUUACAGUCUCCUCUUACAGAUCAACCAGAACAGAAGCAGAGAAAAGCCACAGCCAAAGAGCCACUCGGCCAGUUUUCUCUCGUCACCCAUUUCACAUUCCCCAGCCGCUGGAAAAACCUGCAACAAAAAGCGUAAAAGGGCGCGCCAGAGGAUAACGAUCAACGAGAUUUUAUCACCUUCUAUAAACUAUUACCUCGAGUUUCACAACUUCCUGUUCACCACUUUCCCUUUUGAUAUGAACCCUUUUCUUGCCUUCCCUCCUUCCUUCGAACCCUACAAUUCGUUUCUCAACUUGACUCCAUAGAACCAGCAGAAGGGUACUUCGAAUUGGGCAACCCUUUUCCCGGGUUAUUUUCUGUUAUCCCCGCCAUCACCAUGGACGUCACUUCUCGUCCGCUCCACUCUCCGCUUCUCCUCAGUUGUAGAAGACCGCGGAGCUCUUCUUUAUCGCAUUCGUUAACGUUCUCGUCAUAUAGAGGACAGUCCAGCAUAAAGCUUCCAACUUUGACUAGUACCAGUACCUCUGCUCUAAGUAGUUUUUCAUGCCUUUCAAGGAAGCACACAACUCUGCCUUGGUGUUGUACUUCUGAAGGGCAGUUCAACGCGCCAACGUGUUUCAAUGGUACAAUAUCGAAGCAUACUAAGUUGUUCACACGAAUCGUUGCACAAUCUGAGCUUGCUGGUGUUGGGAUUACAGAUACCGACAUUAAUCCAUCAUCCGAGGUUAGUCUGCUCUCGAAAGCCAGAGGAAUUGGCUUCUAUACAGUCACUGCUAUUGCUGCAUUGCUCCUUAUUGUGCUGAUGCUAGUGCAACACCCUCUCGUGCUUUUGGCUGAUCGAUACAGAAGAAAAGCUCAUCACCUUGUUGCAAGUGUCUGGGCAACGAUAACAGUAAACCCAUUUUUCAAAAUCAAGUUUGAAGGAGUGGAGAAUCUGCCACCUUCAGACACACCAGCAGUCUAUGUUUCUAAUCAUCAGAGCUUCUUAGAUAUAUACACUCUCCUCACUCUAGGAAGAAGCUUUAAGUUCAUCAGCAAGACCGCGAUUUUCCUGUACCCGGUUAUUGGAUGGGCCAUGUCCAUGCUCGGUACAAUUCCUCUCAAGCGCAUGGACAGCAGGAGCCAGUUGGAGUGUCUUAAACGAUGCAUAGACUUGGUGAAUAAGGGGGCAUCAGUCUUCUUCUUCCCUGAGGGGACUCGAAGUAAAGACGGUAAAUUGGGUGCUUUCAAGAAAGGUGCAUUCAGCAUUGCAGUGAAAACUGGAGUGCCAGUAGUCCCCAUGACGCUUAUUGGAACCGGAGGGAUCAUGCCUCCCGGAAAAGAAGCCAUCUUGAAUAUGGGUUCUGUGAAGGUUAUCAUUCAUAAGCCGAUACAAGGAAAUGAUGCAGCAGCUCUCUGCGAGGAAGCUAGAACAGUAAUUGCAGGUCCACUUAACCAGCAAAGUUAGCAAGAUAUCUCAUCUUCCAAUCCCGCCAUCAUUCCAGUCCGAAAGUUUGGAACUCACUCAACACCAUCAGCAGAAGCUUUCUCCAUAGUAGGGACUAGGGAAGGAAAUAACAGAAGCUGUCAAGGCAGGACUCAGAGUCCCCAUUUUCUGGAAGUCUGACUAAGGAGUCUGAGAAGUUUGAUUGGGACGAUGUCGAUGUAUAGCCAUUAAUCAUUCUCCGGCCACGGCACGGUCUGUUCGCUGCAGAUGAUCUCAGCUCCAUUUGAGUCUUCACUCUGCAGGCCAAAGGCUUUCUUGAGCAGCUGAUGAUGAGUAUGGAAUUCUACCAUUGUAUUUCUUUUUGGAAAUCCUUUUGGAAGUGUACUUUCUGUUCCCUUUUGUCAUUUCUUUUUUGGCUUAAAACAAUUUGCAAUUUGUGAAUGAAUGGCCAGACUGAGAAAGGAAUCAAGGAAACUAAUAAUGCCAGAAGUGUGGAUACUUGGAAAGAGUAUCCCAUAGUUUGUUUGAUUUCAGACAUUAUAUUGUUAGAUAGGAUAAUCUUAAAAAUUCCAAAUAUGCCAACUAUUGGCUGCCUGUAACCUGAAUAGUGGAGAGUUAACUCCCAGGUUGAGCGGUUGAACAUUCGGUUUGGUUCGCCUUAGACCCGGGUCCGAAUCCUGAUGAGAAUCAUGGUUAGGUUCUUGUAGGAGAGCAAGAAUCGUGGAAUGAACUGGUUUGUCAUAGGCACUGGUUCAAAUCCUGACGAAAAUCAUGGUUUGGUAAUUUUGGAAAUAAAAACUAGAAUCGUGA